GGCCUUUCACACAGAUGCAGCACUUCACUUCCGAAUCCCGAGACCCCAGAGGCUUGUCUCCUCGCUCGCGAGAGUCCUAGGCGACAAGUUUGUCACCUUAUCACGAUCGAACGCAAGAUGAAGAUCCAGGACCAUAUUUGGUACGUCACCGGCGGAGCGAGCGGCCUUGGCGAAGGAACAGUGCGCCAUUUGCACGCUCAGGGCGGCUAUGUCGCCAUCUGGGACAUUUCCGAGGAUCAGGCAGAGGAGCUGGCCAAGGACCUCAAUGGCAAGAGCGGAGGCGAGAAGAGAGCCAUCGCCGCUCGCGUCGACAUUGUCGACGAAGAGGACGUCUCAGCAGCCAUUAAAAAGUGCGACGAAGCCUGGUCAGGAAAAGUCGUGGGAGGAUGUGUCAACUGUGGUGGUGUUGGCAUGGCUGGGAAGAUUAUCAACGGAGACGGGGAGCCUUUUGAUCUCGACACGUUCCGCACAGUCGUAGAGAUCAAUCUAAUUGGCACCUUUAACGUAUCGAGGCUCACCGCGGCACGCAUCGUCAGGGAUGUAUCCAAGCCAAUUGCGAAGGCCGACGAGAAUACGCCUGAUCGAGGUGUCAUUAUCAACACCGCCAGCGUAGCAGCUUUUGAAGGGCAAACCGGUCAAGUCAGCUAUUCGGCGAGCAAAGGUGGCGUCGUGGGCAUGACUCUGCCUAUCGCCAGGGAUCUGGCCUGGUUUGGCAUUCGCAAUAUGACGUUGGCGCCGGCCUUGUUUUCGACGCCCAUGAUGGAGAGGCUUCCCGAGAAAGCCAAGAAGCAGAUCCUCAAGGGCGCCGAAUUCCCGCCGCGCUUUGGGCUGCCUACUGAAUUUGCACAUGCCGUUGCGGCCAUCAUCGAGAACCCCAUGAUGAACGGCUCAACGAUUCGGUUGGAUGGUGCGACGAGGCUUGGCAAGCUCUAAAGAUCUCGAAGAAUCCUCUC